AUGGACGUCACACAAGUCAAAAAUACCGAGGCCUCCUCCUCUACAGAAGAGGAAACUCUCUCACAAACCAGACCAGAAGUCAUCAAGCCCAAGCGACCAUCACUUAACCGCAACGUAUCCAGCUUCUCCCUUGCAGUAGCCAGCGUCGAACCCCUCAAAGGUAUCGACCUACGUAAAGCCCUACAAGUUGUCAGCCUCGAUCCAAAGGCCAAAGAAGGCGUGAAAGAAGAUAUUAAGCUUGUACGAGAACUGAGAAACGAGCCUAUUAGAACUAACAUAGACGCCGAAGCCUUGCCAACUCCAAAGGCUGUCAACAAGUAUGCUCUCUGGGAAUGCGGCUUCGGCACAGGCAUAGAACCUCAACCCCUCUCCUCAAUCCCCGACACCAAAGACGACCUCCUCAAAGCCCUCCGCGGCGAACUCAUGAAUCUCAAAUUCAUCAAGGCGGGUCUGGCGCGUUAUCUCACGGUUCUGAAUACUGGGGAGCACCAUGUCUUUCCGAAUGGGUUCUUGGAGAAUCAGAAUGCGUCGACGAAGAUUGCGCAGGGUCAGCUUGAUCAGAUUAAGGAGCAUUUGGAGGAGUAUGUUACGGAGUUGGAGAUGAUUGAGGAUUCGAAUGCUGGUGUGCGUCAAGAGUUAAUGGAACUGUUUGGACAUGCGAAGCCUUGGAUUGGCAGGAUACGUGCUGUCAUGAUCGACUCCCACUUAUUUAUGAAAUUGAAUUAUUCUCUUCUAUCAAGUGCAGGACGAGAGGACUGA